AUGGAUGCACCUUCACCGCAUCUAAUAUAUAAGAAAGACGAUAAUACUAUAUGUAGCAAACUUAGUGGGCACUGCUAUCAUAAAGUGUUUCAGCCAACAAGCGAAUUUCAAAAUGUGUUGGAAGGGCAAGAAGUACCAACUGGUCUUCAUAUACGUGUAGACAUUAAUACCGGCAUGAGACAAGCAAAACUAUUAGAUGCUGAUGAAACAGCUACAGAACGUACAAGUGUUAUUUUACUCGACGAAAACGGAAAUUCUAUAAUAAAAGAAGAAACGUCAAUCACAACAACGAUUUCAAAGAUAGAUGAAGAAAUAGAAAUAGAAACACCAAAAAAAGCAAAUUUCCAUAAACAAUCCGAUGAAAAAAAUUCUUCGUUACCUUUACUAGUCAACACUCCAAAACCAAAUAAACACAUCCCUCAUUCAGACUAUGAAUCUUUUGAUGGUCACUUGAAGACUUUAUCACAAUCCCAUGAUGCGCCUAUUCAAGAAUUGAUUAACGCGUUGGACGGGUUAGAAGAUUUAGUGCAUGAAUUGGAUUUUGGUGUUAGGUUUGCAAAUAGCGAUGGAGUUUUAAUGGUGAUUGAAUUGUUGUACCAUAUUAAUAACGAAGUUAAAGUGAAAGCAGCAACGGUUCUUGGUACCGCAAUGCAGAAUAAUCCAUUUUCACAAAAAAAUGCAAUUAGUCUGAAUCUAAUUCCAAGGCUGUUGGAUAUUAUCUCGUACAAUCACGACAACAAAUACUCGUCACGUCUUCUAUACGCAUUAUCAAGCAUUAUACGUGGCAAUAGUGAAGGUGUUCAAUCCUUUUUAUAUGAUAAUCAAGGAUUAUUACGUCUAGCAGCGUACUAUGCAUCAAAUCGAGACGAAGAAAUACGUGCAAAAUGUGCGAUAUUUAUUACCGAUUUAUUUGAUCCAAAAAUGGUGACGACAACGUCAGAAUCCGAUAAAAAAAUAAGCUAUAAUAAUCAUCACCAGCAUCAACAGGGAAUUGAUGAAUGGUGUCGACAAUUUCAAAGUUCGUUAUUUAAUUUUGGCAAUGGAAUUGAUAAAAAUAUUGGAUUUGAUUCACGUGAGAAAAUUCUUGGUGGAUUGGCAAUGAUAAAGGGUCAAUAUCCAGACAAUUGUCAUGCUCAACCCGGUCUCAUAAAGUGGCUAGACGGGCAAAAUAGCGAAUUGAGAGAUGAACCAGAGAAUUUUGAAGAAUAUAUACAAUUAAUUAAAACUGUUCAAAAGACAUUUGAAAUUUGA